GGAUCGCUUGUGGCUGCAGAAAGCUACAGACACUAUGUAAAAGGUGUCUGAAAGUCCAAGCGAGCGAACAACAUAACCUGCAGCAGCAUCUCUCCUCUUCUUUUCCAAGGAAAAUAUUUGCUUCUUUAUGUAGUUGAACUUCAAUAAACCACUCUCUUUCUGCAAUCCAUUCUCUGGUUUGGGUUUUGGAACAGAAUCGCAUGCAUGACAUACCGAAAAGGAGAGAAAAUGACCAUAAGCAUCCAGGAGCAUAUGGCCAUUGAUGUGUGCCCAGGUCCCAUCAAGCCGAUCAAACAAAUAUCUGACUAUUUUCCCCGUUUUCCUCGUGGAAUCCCCACCACCGUCACCCGUAGUAACUCCCUAAAAUCUAACGUGAGCCAACCAUCUGUUAGCCCAUCGGAAAGUUCUAAAGAGGAAGAGGAAGAUGUGGACAAAUUAUUUGGGGCAUAUGGAGCAGCUUCUACAACAGCGGCCAACACCAUACUACCUUCUAAACAUGAAGAGGAAGUGGACCUGGAUGGAUAUGAUUCCGAUGACUGCACAACCCUGGGGACACUGGACUUUAGCUUGCUGUAUGAUCAUGAAAACAAUGCUCUUCACUGCACAAUCAAUAGAGCCAAGGGCCUAAAGCCAAUGGACCACAAUGGACUGGCUGAUCCAUAUGUAAAAUUACAUUUACUUCCAGGAGCUAGUAAGGCAAAUAAACUAAGAACAAAAACACUAAGAAAUACACUAAAUCCAACGUGGAAUGAAACAUUAACAUAUUAUGGGAUCACAGAUGAAGAUAUGAUCCGUAAAACUCUAAGAAUUUCAGUUUGUGAUGAGGAUAAGUUCCGCCACAAUGAAUUCAUCGGUGAAACAAGAAUUCCUCUGAAGAAACUAAAGCCCAACCAAACCAAAAAUUUUAGCAUCUGUCUAGAGAAACAACUACCUAUAGAUAAAACAGAAGAUAAAUCUUUGGAGGAACGUGGGCGAAUUCUUAUAUCCUUAAAAUACAGCUCCCAAAAGUCAGGGCUUCUGGUAGGAAUUAUUAGAUGUGCACAUCUAGCAGCAAUGGACGCAAAUGGUUACUCUGAUCCCUAUGUGAAAACAUACUUAAAACCGGACGAAGACAAGAAAUCAAAGCAUAAAACUGCUGUGAAAAAGAAGACAUUAAAUCCAGAGUUUAAUGAGGAAUUUUGCUAUGAAAUAAAACACAGUGACCUUGCAAAAAAGACUCUAGAGGUAACAGUUUGGGAUUAUGAUAUUGGAAAAUCGAAUGACUUUAUAGGUGGAGUUGUUUUGGGAAUCAAUGCAAAAGGAGAACGUCUCAAACAUUGGUUUGACUGCCUGAAAAACAAAGACAAGAAAAUUGAGCGCUGGCACACAUUAACAAAUGAGCUCCCGGGAGCCGUCCUCAGUGACUGACCUGAGUGUCUGUGUUGUGGUUGCACAGCUGUAAAGGAACAAGACACAAGCUAUGCCUUUGCCCUUGCCACAGUUCACCAUGAUCAUACAAAAGUGGAAAGAUAAAUAGGAAUAAUUUGCCUUCCAUGCUUUUAUUAGAACAUUAAGCUGCAAUAGUGCCAAUCAGGGUAAAAUGAGAUCCACACACCUGCAUCAGUGCCCUAGUCUGCUAUGGGAAUUAUCCGACCUGGUUAUAUAUUUUAUUUCUAUUGGGAGAUUAUUUAUUUUUUCAUAUGCUGAUUUCCAUUUCUCUAUUUCAUGGGAUUGAUCGCCUAAGCAGCGAAAUGUUACUGACACAUCUUAACCAAGUGUUACCUUGUGACAGAUGCUAUUUUUCUGCAGUGGCGCUGGGUUUCUUGCAGUCUGGUUUGUCUGAAGAGCAAAAAAGAAAUAUCAGGUGUUAUCAGUAUCCUGGUUUGCACUAUUCGAUUUAAGGUAAUUCUAUCUUCUCUGCACAUGCUGAAGACCUCAUUCAACAUUUAUAGUUUUGACUAAAGUAAUUGUUACAUAUGCUGACAGUUUACGACUACAUCACAUACCAUCAGCGACCUUACGAGAUGAAUUUCCUUCUGUUCUAAUAUAAUACUCCUUUGUGCUUCUGUGCUUGUUUGCUCUAAGGAAGAAGGUGAUGCACACGUUAAAGGAAAACUGUCACAUAUUUUCUCCCGCACUAUCCACAGUGCGGGA